AUGGCCGAAGAAUGCAGACGGAUCGACGACCCCUUUCUCCUCGUCGUACUUCACUAUGCCUCCCCGAUAAUCCUCCUGUUCUUCUUCCUCGUCGCCUUCAGUCUCAACAGUAUCUACACCACACCGAAGGCCACACCACCUAAUCUUAAUCGUAAUAACUCCUAUGGAAGCGUCAAUGAAGUCCUGAAAGGCCCGGGCGGCAAGGCCUUACCGGCUAGAUCGCCCAAUCGCAGCACCAGCCUGGACCCGGUGGACAAUGACAUCUCGAAGAACAAGAAGCUGCUAUUCGAAUGGUUGUCCGUGGCAUUGGCUCUCACCUUUGCCGCAAAUACGACCGUGGUCAUCAUCCGUGCGCUGUACUGCAGAAUAGAGGAAUGGUGGUGCGGUCAGAGUGUGGUGAUUUACCUCAUCGGUUCGUUCUUCAUUUACGCCCUCUUCAUCAUUUCCAUCCUCGAUACACGACUAUCUCCAUCCAACGCCCACCUGGCUACCUGGAGUCUUUCUCUGGUCCUCGAGAUCACGAUUCUCGCCUUAUACAUCGAUCAAUACAGGAAGAGCAGCGACAACAGCCUCUGGAGUAUUUCGGCAUCAGGGAAACUCGACAUCGGGUCAUGGGAAGGGAUCGAGAUCGCUAUCGACCUCGUGCGCAUCCUCCUACUGAUUGCUCUGAUUGUCUUCUAUUUCACCCUCAUCACAUUCUGUAAACCAUCGUACAAACGCGGCACCAAUCGUACUCACGCCUCAUCAUCGGAAACCCAGGGUCUACUCGAUGCCGAACACCAAAAUGGGCACGCAAACGGCAGUACCACGACAUAUGGUGCGACUCAUCCGGUUGGAGGCAAACCCCCUCACGCGGAAGGCGAAGCACCGGCUUGGACUCGUCCAGACAAAGUGCCGUCUCUAAACUGGUGGGAAUACCUACGCGGCUAUUCCGUGUUCUUCCCUUACUUAUGGCCAUCCAAGGAUCGUCGACUCCAGAUCUGCGUGGUCCUCUGUUUCCUGAUCGUGGUCUCCCAACGAUUCGUACAAGUCCUCGUGCCCAUCCAAGUCGGCACGAUUACCGACAUCCUAUCCGGCGAACAGGGGGAAAUUCGCAUGCCUUGGGGUGCGAUCUGCUUGUAUGUUUUCUUGCGACUUCUCCAGGGCAGCAAUGGCCUUCUGGGCGCGGCUCGUGCCACUCUUUGGAUCCCUGUGAGCCAGUAUUCCUACCGUGAGCUUUCCGUGGCUUCCUUCGAGCAUGUGCAUACCCUGUCUUUGGACUUCCAUCUCGGCAAGAAAACGGGUGAAGUCCUGUCCGCGCUGGGAAAAGGAGCCAGCAUCAACACGUUCCUCGAGCAAAUUACGUUCAGUAUUACACCCAUGCUGGUCGAUUUGUGCGUUGCCAUCGGGUACUUUUUGAUUGCCUUCGAUGCCUACUAUGCUCUUGUGGUGGCAGUGGUGACGUUUUGGUACAUUUACCUCACCAUUCGCAUGGCUCAGUGGAGAGCGGAAAUCCGACGUCAGAUGGUCAACGCUGAUCGUGAAGAGGAUGCAGUCAAAAACGACUCAAUGGUGUCAUAUGAGACCGUGAAGUACUUCAAUGCGGAGCCAUACGAAUACAACCGAUAUCGUCAAGCCGUCCUCAAGUUCCAGAGCGCCGAAUACAAAGUUCUGUAUUCGCUGAACUUGAUGAAUGUCACCCAGAAUAUGGUCUUCAUGAUCGGAUUGAUGGUUGCAUGCUUUAUUGCUGCAUUCCAGGUCACCACCAACCAACUGAGGGUUGGGAAGUUCGUCACCCUCCUUACCUACAUGGCGCAGCUCCAGCAACCUCUCAAUUUCUUCGGCACUUUCUAUCGGAUGAUCCAGUCUGCCAUGAUCAACUCGGAACGAAUGCUGGAACUCUUUAAAGAGCAGCCAACCGUCAUCGAUCGUCCGGAUGUCGGGACCCUGGAAAAAUGCCAUGGCGACCUGUCGUUUAAUGGCGUUCAUUUCCGCUACGAUACUCGCAAACCGGCCCUCCAGGGUCUGACUUUCCGCUGCGCGCCCGGAACGACGACCGCAUUCGUAGGAGAGUCGGGUGGUGGCAAAUCGACCGUGUUCCGUCUGCUAUUCCGUUUCUACGAUGUUGAGUCCGGUUCCAUCUGUGUCGAUGGCCAUGAUGUCACCGACAUCUCCAUCGACUCUCUCCGCCGUCACAUCGGUGUCGUCCCUCAGGAUACUGUCUUGUUUAAUGAGACGCUGAUGUACAACCUCAAAUAUGCGAAACCUGAUGCGACGGACGAGGAGGUGUACCAAGCAUGCAACGCGGCGUCCAUCCAUGAGAAGAUCCUUACGUUCCCGGAUGGGUAUCAGACCAAGGUUGGCGAACGUGGACUUCGCCUGUCCGGGGGUGAGAAGCAGCGUGUCGCUAUUGCACGCACCAUCCUGAAAGGGCCUCCCAUCAUCCUCCUCGACGAAGCCACCGCCGCGCUCGACACCGAAACCGAGCAGCAUAUCCAGGACGCGCUGACCACCCUUUCGCAAGGCCGUACCAUGCUGGUGAUCGCCCACCGACUCAGCACGAUUACCCGGGCCGACCAGAUAGUCGUUCUCCACGAGGGUCGGGUGGCGGAGAAUGGAACACACGAGGAGCUGUUGGCCAAGAGAGGCCGAUAUGCGAACAUGUGGAAGAAGCAAGUGCGUGCGCAGCGGGCGGCGGAGGAAGCGCGUGAGAAGCAAGAAAAGGCCGAAAAGUUGCGGCGAGAAAGCUAUACCGGUACGCGUGAGGGUGGGGAAGAGAGUCAAAGUACGAGCGAGGACGAGGCGAUCGAGGUGCAUACCGAAACGCCGCUCAAGAUCGGCGAGGGGAAACGAGCGGUGCAGUGA